AUGUAUGAUGUAUCUAGUCAUGUUUUUGAUCUUGGAUUGAAUACCUUGCUGAAAUUCAUUUUAAUCAACCUGUACAGAUGUGGGUGAAUAUGAGAUGUGGUGAUUUUAAUUACAUGCUUCAUGGAGUUAUAGACAUAUUAAUCAGUUGGAGAAGGACAAAGAUGUUGUUGCUCAGGCACAAGCAAUUGCAAUGCUUGAGUCCUUACCUCAGCUUCCAUUUUGUGUUGUUAAUGCUCUGCAUAACUUUCUUACUGACUCCAAGGCCUUCUCAAGAGUUCGAAUUGAGGCAGCCUUUGGAUUGGCUAAUACAUCAUCUGAGGUACCACAAUUCGGUUAUUGGAGCUUUGCAGAGCGUCAAUGCUGUGUUUAGGGCAUCUGUGGCACUGCUUCAGAACCUGGCUGAUGUGUUUUUGAUCCCAGAUUGGUCAUGGAAGCGGAUAAGGAGAAGCAGAAGAGGGAGUCUGAAAAAAUGGGAGACGCCAUGUAAUCUUUGGAGAGCAGAACCUUGGAUUUGAAAGGGAGAUUGAUAUCCUUGUUGCUUUGGAUGAGAUGAAGUCCAUGAAGAUUUGCAGGUAGCAUGUUGAGGAAAUUGAUAACUUAAGAAAGUUGCUCCAGGGAGAGACAAGUCUUAGGAAGGCUGCUGAAGAGGAAGCCAGUAAUCUUUAGAGUCAACUGACUCUAUUGAAGAGGUUAGAGG